AUGGAUGCGCUUGUGCAAACUGUGGAGGACGUGGCGGGCGCGAGUGGUGGCGAGAGUGAGAACGAGGGCGACGGCGAGGACGAGGACGUGCGAGACGGUGGUGAUGGCGGAGGCGUGGCUGCGGGUGGCAAUGAGGAGGCGGAGGAAGAGACAGGCAUGGAGAUCGAGUACGAUGUGUACGAUGUGUCGAACGAGGCCAUUGCGGCGAGGAGACGGAAGCACGCGCACGAGGAGGCGACAUCGCCGGGCUGGACGCAGCAUGACAAGCAUGUGUUCAUUCUGUCGUCGGCAGGCAAGCCGAUCUAUGCACGGUACGGUGAUGAGUCGCGGCUGUCGGGCUUUUUCGGUGUGCUUCAGGCCAUGAUCUCGUUUGUGGACGACAACGACGACGAGCUGCAGCAUCUUGUGGCGGGCGAUGUGACGUACGUGUUCUACUCCAACGGCCCGCUGUACUACGUGUGCGUGGCGCGGACGCGCGAGCCUGCCUCGCAUCUGCGGAUGCUACUGCAGUAUGUACACAACCUAGUGGUCUCUGUCCUCACAGCGCCGUACAUUGUGCGGCUGUUUGAGCAGCGGCCGCACUUUGAUCUGCGGCGGAUGCUCGGCGGGACCGAGCCGCUCAUCGACUCGCUCAUUGAGCUCAUGGACUCGGACCCAUCGUACCUGCUGGGCGCAGCCGAGUGUCUGCGGCUGGCAGCGUCAGUCCGCGCUGCGGUUGGCUCUGCGCUGCAAGAGGUCAAGAUCUCCGGCCUGCUGUACGCGCUGGUCAUCGCCGACUCGCACCUUGUCACCCUGGUGCGGCCCAAGUCGCGCGGCCUGCACCCAAUCGAUCUGCUGCUGAUCAUGAACUUUGUCAAGGCCUCGCCGACGUUGCGCAACGAGGCGGCGGACUCGUGGACGCCGUUCUGCCUCCCGCACUUUAACGACACCGGACACUUGCAUGUGUACUCGUCGUUCCUGGCGUCGGGCGUCUGCCUCCUCCUCAUCUCAACCGAGGCCGAGAGCUUCCACGACAUGCAGGCGUGCAAAGACCGUGUGGCAACAGAAAUCACCGCCGGUGGGCAUCUGGCGGCCAUCACCGACGCCAUGGCAUCGCAGGCCUACUCGGUCGACGAACUCGGCAUUCCGGGUCUCCUCCACUUUCUCUACAAGUCGGUAUCGUCCCGGCAGUACACCGCCCCGGCAUGGUCUGCCCCGUACAUCACCGGCGGCGAGCAGCGGCGCCUUCUCCGUGUCUACCAGGACGUCAUCGAGAAGGUCCACACCGUCGCCAACGACGUCAAGAUCUACUACCAGGUCUCGCAGUCGGAGACACUCCUUGCCUGGGUCACCUCCUCGUUCGAACUCUACGUCGUCUUUGGUCCGCUUGUUCCCAAGAAGCUCGCCAUUGCCUCGUGCAACAAGCUCCUCCGCUGGAUCAAGUCGCAGGAGGGCACGCUCUUCAUCCUCAACUCGCCGGUGUGGUAG